AUGAUUCGUUACAGGCAACUCGAGCGCGCUCAAGCGUCGCGAGAUCUCUUCAACAACAGAAUUACGACACUGAAAGGCUUUCAAGAUAUUCUUGAAGACUCGUACUUCCUUGCACUGGAUACGGAACACGUUGCGAUUACGAGCGAAAGAGACCGUGUUCUCCACCAAGUUGGACUGGCAUUCACAAAGACACUGAAGUCUAGAUAUUCAUGCCCGUCGUGCACACCUCCAGUGAGAAAACCUCGGCUACGCCUUCAUCAUUUCUACGAAGAUAACCAAAUGGAAGGGCUCACUAUAAAUAUCAAUACGAGUAAGCAGCUGGGGAGCCAAAUCCUUCGGCUUGGGCGGUUCAAGGGCAUGCCUGUUCGUCGCGGCCAUCGUUUCGGCGAGGAAAAGCAUCUCGACAUUGAGGAUUUGGAGGCUUCCGUCGUGGAGUUCCUCCAGAAUCUACCUAAGGACAAGAAGCUGCUGCUCAUCGGGUUUGAGAUGGCAGCUGAAUGGACUUACCUAUCAACGUACUUCCCUGCUGCCAUACCAUUCUUUUCAGCCUGGAUAGAUCUUCGCGAUAUCGCGACAGACAUCACCUCAUCUAUUGGAGUCAUCCCAAGCCUCAAGUGCUUACUACAGAUGUUUAGCUACUGCUGGAAAGACGUCAAGCCUGGAAGAAAGCACCGCAACGAUGGCGCAGCUGAUAAUGCUGGCGACGACGCUGUAGCGACUUGUGCUUUGGCGCAUGCCCUUCUUGAUGAGAGCAAUCAAGACAAGCUCAAAUUUCGACAAGUCUGCGAUAGCAUAAGUCGUGGAUACAGAAGCAAGAUCUUCCAUUCGACGUCGGAAGACUUCAUCGCAACAGUAAAGACUGAAGGACAACUCCCGUUUAGAAUUCGCACGGGUAUAAGGCUUGCGGGUCAAUUCUUCGACUUCCAUCCGAUAGGCGCGGGGUUGGUGUCCGAUGAGAUUGCUUUUCUCACUUUCAACAGCCAAGAUGGUCUUGAUUAUUUUGUUGGUUGUGUGGAUGGGAUGGUGUUGCCGACUGGCGAGACCCUCUCUGCUCAACGCUACAUCCAGGUCGACACAGAGACACCAGAGGAGAAGAAGUUGAAGGAUGAGAAGCGUAUGAUCAGAAGGAUAAAGAAAGAAGUGGCCGAUGAAGAAAUUGUGGAGUUGGGAGAUAUUUUCUCCUGA